AUGGUCAAAGUUGGCUCUUCUCAUGUCGCAGCAGAUGUUGGCAUUAGUAAAGCCCACAAAAGAAACUAUGUUUCUGAAGAAGUAUUUGAAUUAAAGGAUAAAAAAGAUUUUACAGUGGUUGUUGAGGACCAAACUCCGGUAAGAACCUUCACAGCCAACUCUAGCGAUCAUGAAAGGGAGGAAACUUAUGUUUCGAAAAGGCAGGUGAUGAGAGAUAUUUUUGCUAAAUACUUGAAAUUCAUUGGCCCCGGAUUAAUGGUUAGUGUGGCUUACAUCGAUCCCGGUAAUUAUUCUACUGCCGUUGACGCAGGUGCCUCUAAUCAAUUUUCCCUACUUUGUAUCAUAUUGUUAUCAAAUUUUAUUGCCAUAUUCUUGCAAUGUCUGUGUAUAAAGUUGGGUUCUGUUACCGGACUAGAUUUAAGUCGAGCUUGCAGAGAGUAUUUACCAAGAUGGCUCAAUUGGACAUUGUAUUUCUUCGCAGAAUGUGCCGUUAUAGCCACCGAUAUAGCUGAAGUGAUUGGUACAGCGAUUGCCUUGAAUAUUCUAAUCAAGGUUCCGCUUCCAGCUGGUGUGGCCAUAACUGUUGUGGAUGUGUUUUUGAUAAUGUUUACGUAUAAACCGGGUGCAUCUUCAAUUAGGUUUAUUAGAAUGUUUGAAUGUUUUGUUGCGGUAUUAGUUGUUGGCGUUUGUAUUUGUUUUGCAAUUGAAUUGGCCUAUAUCCCGAAGAGUACCUCGGUCAAACAGGUUUUCAGAGGAUUUGUUCCAUCAUCCCAAAUGUUUGACCAUAAUGGUAUUUAUACUGCAAUCUCCAUUUUAGGUGCUACUGUUAUGCCACAUUCUUUAUUUUUGGGUUCUGCGUUGGUACAGCCAAGGCUUUUAGACUAUGACGUUAAACAUGGUAAUUACGCUGUUUCAGAUGAUCAAGAUAAAGCGAAGCAAUCUAAAUCUACUGAAGAGGUUAUGGAAGAAAAAUAUUUCAAUUAUAGACCCACAAAUGCUGCUAUCAAGUACUGCAUGAAAUACUCUAUGGUCGAACUAAGCGUAACGCUAUUCACCCUUGCCCUCUUUGUCAACUGUGCCAUCCUAGUUGUAGCGGGUUCGACCUUAUAUAAUUCCUCAGAAGCAGAUGGGGCAGAUCUUUUCACUAUUCAUGAAUUAUUAUCAAGAAACUUAGCACCAGCAGCAGGUACGAUCUUCAUGCUGGCACUUUUAUUGAGUGGUCAAUCUGCAGGUGUGGUGUGCACUAUGGCAGGACAAAUUGUAAGUGAAGGUCAUAUUAAUUGGAAGUUGCAGCCAUGGCAAAGAAGAUUAGCCACUAGAUGUAUUUCCAUAAUCCCCUGUUUGGUGAUUUCUAUCUGUAUUGGUAGAGAAGCCCUGUCGAAGGCUUUGAAUGCUUCUCAAGUUGUCUUGUCCAUAGUCCUGCCAUUUUUGGUUGCACCCUUAAUUUACUUCACUUGUAAGAAGUCUAUCAUGAAAACUGAAAUUACUGUCGACCCUGCUGAGGAGAAUAAUCACAAUAAUCAGAGCAGCAAUGACGGAUCUGUGACUGUACGCGAUGCCGGUAGCGUAAUCGAGCAAGACGGCUUAAGUGACAUGCAAAUAGAAAAUGGGAAAGAUGUCAAAAUUGUUUAUAUGGCGAACAAUUGGAUUAUCACUGUAAUUGCUAUAAUUGUGUGGAUUUUCUUAUCUUUACUAAAUGUUUAUGCCAUUGUUCAAUUAGGUAUGUCGCAUGGUAAUAUCAGUUAA